AUGGCCUCGGAUAUGUCCUCCGGCAAAAAGAAUUUCUACAGUACCUCGUCCCCGUGGGAGGCCCGCUUUGGCUACUAUCGUGCCGUUCGCCAUGGCCGCCAUAUCUUCGUGUCCGGCUCGACUGCUGCGGACCCGACCUCUCCACCUGAAGCACCUCGCGUCCGAUUCCCAGGAGAUGCUCGCCAACAGACUCGAGUGACGCUCGAGGAAAUCAUUCAAGCCAUUCAGGCCGUUGGUGGCCGCGGAGCAGAAAGCGUGGUACGGUGCCGGAUGUUCGUUAGCAGGAAGGACGAUUGCGGAGUCGUCGGCGAAGCGUUCCGGGAGAUCCUAGGCAAGCACAACGGAGGCCAGGUUGGGGCUGCCGCGACGAUGAUCGUCGUCGCCAAUAGUUUCGUGGACGAUGAUAUGCUGGUGGAAAUCGAAGUAGAUGCCAUUGCCGAAGAGGACUAG